AGUCUGGCAGCACAUGAUGUGUCAAUGGUAUCUUUGUAGUCGCCGUGUAUUUUACCACGCAUUUGUUUGAACCGGGAAAGAAAUUAAGAUGCAUCCGGAGCUAACAGAAAGAAUUCUUCAAUAUUUGGAGAGUAAUGACAGUGUUGAUACACUCGAUUUGGCCACACAUUUUGGUUUGGAUCACCAAAAAAUCAUUGGUGCAUUAAAAAGCAUACAAGCGCAUGGCGAUCUUGUUGUUGCAGAACCAACAGCAAGAAAAACCAUUGAAUUGACAGACGAAGGAAAAUCAGUUAAAGAGCAAGGCAGUCAUGAAGCUGUUGUAUAUGCGAACAUACCAGAGCAAGGUAUUGCACAAGCAUCGCUAAUGCAAACUAGUCCUAAUGCUAAAGUAGGUUUUAGCAAAGCAAUGUCACAAGGAUGGAUUUUGGUUGAUAAAUCUGUUAAUCCACCAUUAGUUAAACGUAAAGUGGAUAAAAUUGUAGACAGCGUAAAGGAAAAUUUAAUUGCGAUAGCUGAUGGCAAAGCAGAUUUAGCUGCAAAUGUAUUAGCGGAUUAUAAAAAGCGUAAACUUUUACAAGAAAUAACGACAAAAAGUUUCAUUUUAACUAAAGGUUUAGAGUUUGCAACAACUUUGACCAAACUGGAAACUGAUCUAACCGUUGAUAUGCUGGCGAGUGGUUUGUGGAAAGAUUUAAACUUUAAGGCAUAUAACUUUGAUGCAUUGGGUGCUGCACCGGUAAGGGGUCACUUGCAUCCAUUGCUGAAAGUGCGUACAGAAUUUCGACAAAUUUUCUUAGAAAUGGGAUUUGCAGAAAUGCCAACGAAUAACUAUGUAGAAUCAUCUUUCUGGAAUUUUGAUGCACUAUUUCAGCCUCAGCAACAUCCGGCUCGGGAUGCGCACGAUACUUUCUUUAUUAAUUAUCCAUCUAAAAGCUAUAAAUUUCCUCAAGAUUAUUUACAACGCGUUAAGGAAGUGCAUUCUCAUGGAGGUUAUGGAUCUCAAGGCUACGGGUAUGACUGGAAAAUUGAGGAGGCACAAAAGAAUUUAUUGCGAACACAUACCACUGCAGUAAGUGCACGAAUGCUGUAUAAGCUCGCAAAUUCCCCAGAAGGAUUUCGACCAGCCAAAUAUUUUAGCAUUGACAAAGUAUUCCGGAAUGAGACACUUGAUGCUACACAUUUAGCUGAAUUUCAUCAAGUUGAGGGUGUUGUAGCAGAUGUGGGGUUAACUUUAGGUGAUCUUAUUGGUACUUUGUAUGAGUUCUUCCGUAAGCUGGGCAUAACACAACUGGAAUUUAAACCAGCAUAUAAUCCUUACACUGAGCCUAGUAUGGAAAUAUUCUGCUUCCAUCCAGGCUUAAGCAAAUGGAUUGAAGUCGGUAAUUCAGGUGUUUUCAGGCCUGAAUUACUGUUGCCAAUGGGAAUACCAGAGAAUGUGAAUGUUAUUGCAUGGGGAUUAUCAUUAGAACGGCCAACUAUGAUAAAGUAUGGCAUAAACAAUAUAAGAGAUAUGGUUGGACCUAAAGUGGACUUAAAAAUGGUCGAAGAAGGACCUAUUUGUCGUAUGGAUCACGCAUAACUUUUAUAUAAUCUCUAUUAAAUAAACAAAUGUAAUUAAAUUGCAAUAAA